CGCUGCCGCCCGCGCUGCCCCCCGCCUCGGCGCUCUGCCCUGCCCGCCGUUCCCCUCCUCCGUCCCGCCCAAGCCAUGAACUUUGGCCGCGGUCCCUCGGUGGUGUUGAACGUCGGGGGCACCCGGUACUCCUUCUCCCGGGAGGUGCUGAAGGAUUUCCCGCUGCGCCGGGUGAGCCGCCUGCACGGCUGCCUCUCGGAGCAGGACGUUCUGGAGGUGUGCGACGACUACGACCGGGAGCGGAACGAGUACUUCUUCGACAGGCACUCGGAGGCCUUCGGCUUCAUCAUGCUGUACGUCCGGCACGGCCACCUGCGCUUCGUGCCGCACAUGUGCGAGCUCUCCUUCUACAACGAGAUGAUCUACUGGGGGCUGGAGGGCUCCCACCUCGACUACUGCUGCCAGCGCCGCCUCGACGACCGCAUGUCCGAGACGUGCACCUACUACGCGGCGGAGGAGCCGAAUGGUGGCCCCGAGGGCAAGGGCCGGCGGCCACCGGGAGCCGAGGGCAGGAAGUGGCUCGAGAGGAUGAGGAGGACUUUUGAGGAGCCAACGUCUUCCGUGGCCGCCCAGGUGCUGGCCACCGUCUCCAUCCUCUUCGUCAUUGUGUCCAUGGUGGUGCUGUGCGCCAGCACCCUGCCCGAGUGGCGGGCGCCGGAGAAUCGCAGCGUGGAGGAGCAGAGCAGGUACACAGCAGAGUCAGUGAGGGAGCCCUCAGGGAUAAUUGAAGCUAUCUGCAUAGGCUGGUUCACUGCAGAAUGCAUUGUGAGGUUCAUCGUCUCCAAAAACAAGUGUGAGUUUGUCAGAAGACCUCUCAACAUCAUUGAUUUGCUGGCAAUUACUCCUUACUACAUCUCUGUUCUAAUGACAGUUUUCACAGGGGAAAAUUCACAGCUUCAGAGAGCGGGAGUCACCUUGAGGGUCUUAAGAAUGAUGAGAAUCUUUUGGGUGAUUAAACUGGCCCGUCAUUUCAUUGGCCUUCAAACACUUGGUCUGACUCUGAAGCGUUGUUACAGAGAGAUGGUGAUGCUACUUGUCUUUAUCUGUGUUGCUAUGGCAAUUUUCAGCGCACUUUCACAGCUUCUUGAAAACGGGCUGGACUUGGGAACAAAGAAUAAGGAUUAUGCCAGCAUUCCUGCUGCUUGUUGGUGGGUGAUCAUCUCGAUGACCACAGUUGGUUAUGGUGACAUGUGUCCCAUCACUGUACCAGGAAGGAUUCUUGGAGGAAUUUGUGUGGUUAGUGGCAUCGUUUUAUUAGCCCUGCCAAUCACCUUCAUUUAUCACAGCUUUGUGCAAUGCUACCAUGAGCUCAAGUUCCGAUCUGCUAGGUACAGUAGAAGCCUCUCUGCUGAAUUCCUAAAUUGACCCAACUGGCAUUCUGGUGUACUUGCUUGCUAAGCUUUGUCUUAGAAGAGAAUGGUGGAAGGUCCCUUCGCGUGUCCUCCUUGACUGGAUGGUCCUGUGGAACAACAUUCUCACCAGCCUGGAGAAAGCCCGUCACCAUUCAGACAGGAAGGAUGGCCAUCUGCCUUGAGCACCUUGCAAGGAGAGGGAGUGAUGUUUCAAAUUUGAGAGAACAAAAUUAACAAAAGAGGAUUCAGAAAUCCUCAACCAGACCAGUUUGGUAUUCAGUUUGCCUUCCCACAAAAAAAGCAGAACAAAAAAUGGGUGUAACACUGAGAUCUGUCAUUCCUGUAAUUAUAUACUAAACCAUUCUAAGCAAAGUGUAGCAGAUGUUUUUCGAAGAUUCCAAUAUCUAAAUGCUUCACAGAGGCAUUGAUAGCUUCUUGCCUGAGGUAUCUCCACUUUUAACUCAGAUAAAACAAAUUAUAUGCUGAAGGAGAAUCACUUGUACUUUUGUGCUUUGCAACAAAGUAGAGCUGGUUCUGUGACUCAGGAAAGAUGAAGAAUAUAGGUCUAUAGGACAAAAAAAAACUUUGAGGCCUGAUUCUGAUCUUUGAGGAAGCACAUAAAUCUUCUGUAAACCCAGUGAAGUCAGUGGCUCUGAAUUUGAGAGUUCACAAGGAAGUGCAAGAAGUGAACUUCCAAAUGUUGUAAGCAAGGACUUCUUUAGGUCACAAUUAAUUUCUUCUCUGGAACCAAACUGUAAGUAGAAGCAAGUAUUGCAUUUUACAAAGAUCAGCAUAAGAAAUCAGGGAUUGACAUAUAUAGUUCCUGGUAGGUUACUGGGGGAGCUCUCCAAAUUUUAUAUAUAUUCAGCUCAAUUCCAUCCACCUAAAGUUACAUACUCAUAAGCACAGAUUUUCCCUCCUUGACCUCCUCCCUGCCCCACAUAUCUUAAACAUAGAUAUCAUAGUGAGAGUCCUCUUAAGACAAAUUGUAAAGAUUUCAUCAUUUGAAGUGGCCUGGAGCAAGCACUGAAAAACAAGAGCACCUGCUCCCUGUCAGAUGAGACUCUUCAUCAUCUUAAAUUCCACAGUCCUUUACUGAAGGAUAUACCUCAAAGGAAGUUUUAAAAGCAACUGUACAAAGCCCAGAGCAUACCAAAGAAAGUAAAAUGUAGAAAUGUGAGUUGCACUUGGCAAAAUAGUGUAUUCUCCAAUGUUACUAGAAAAUGAAAAUGAAUCAAGUUGGGUUCUGAAAUACUUCUUGUGUAGUAUUGCUUAAUAGCAUUGUUCAAUAUAAUUCUGAAAGGCUGCUACAUAGAAAUGUGCAGUUAGAUACUAAAACACAUUAAGGUACAGCUUUACAAAUUUGGGUACCAAUAAACAUCAACAGGGAGCUUUCAUGCUAACAUGAAAGUUCAGAGUCAUCAGCACAGCUGAAAUUUGUGUGCUUGCCUGAAAAUACUGCAUUUACUCUUACUGUGCUGUAGAGGCGUCUUUUAUACAUGUAAUUGUGAAAGGCUUUAGAAGUGAAAUGAGUACCACCUAGAAAACACAUCUCUGGAAUUCCUCACUCAAAUAAACCUGCCAUAUUGAUCAGUAACCAGUACAUUGAAGGCUCUUCCCUGAGACCUGAAAGAGUCAUUAUCAUUUUAAGUGGUCUUAGUCUUAAGUAGUCUUAAAGAAUCACAUUGCAAUCACAACUUUUCUGAAGACCUGCAAAGAAUUUUAGUAGAAUUUACAGACAAGCUUGACUUUCCCUUCAAGACUCCAUAGUUAAGUGCUGUUACAGCCAUACCUCUAUUUCUUGCCACUGGUGUGUUCCAAGGUUAGCUCUGUAGUUCCCUACACUACUAUAUUUAUGCCUUUUCUAUCAAAAUCAUGUUGCUCGGAAACCUGCUCCAGCAUUCCACAGAGAAGUGAAUAUGAGAUCAGCAAAAAUGUCUUUCUUAGGUGAGAUUCACAGCUGAUGUUAGUUAGGCAAGUUGUGACUUCAGAGACACUUAGAUGUUUUACAGCAGUGGAGAUGCUGGCUCUGUAUUCCUGCAUGUGUACCUAUAUAUAUCCUGCAUAUAUUAUAUAUUAUAGUCAGUUGAAACGUUGGGGUUUUUUAUUCCUCACAAAAAAUUCCCUCCUUGACAAAAUUAAAAUUUCAGACUUCAAUCUAAACAUAGAUGUUGAAGAAAAUGAUAUUUUCAUCUUCUAAUGAAAAGUUACCAAUAAUAUUAUUUUUUUUUUUUUAGCUAAAAUAGGUUAAAGACCCCAUGUAAGAACUUAGCCCUGCAGACUUUCAUGCGCUGUUUUGAAUGCUUGGGAAAAAUACUAUAUGUCAUAAAACUCCUUUUAACUUACUUUGUCUUUUGUCCACGUAUUGUAUUUAACCAAACCAAUACUCUAUGAUACAACCCUCCUCCACAAAAUGCUUAAAACAUCAUCGUGAUGACAAUAGCUUAAAAUCCAUACAGAAUAUGAAUAUAAAGUAUGUUGCAAUCUUGAUUUCAAGACAAAAUAAAAUGUGUUUCAGCACCACCUAUAAAUCUAAUCUUUAGAUGCCUGUAGAAAGGAAAAACAUAAAUUAAUGCACAUAAUAACUCGCGAAUACCAAUUUGAAUCAUUUUUGCAUAAGCAAUUAAGGACAGGAAGUUUUCGACAAUCCACGCUAUAUAUGGUAUACAACAAAAUGUUUCAUCCUUUAUGAAGUGUUUUUCAGAUGAAAAAUCCUUUCCCAGUGUAAAAACAUAAAUCUAAUGAAAAUAACUGUGUAAAGGAAUAGGUCUGUGGAGAUUAUCUUAAGUCAUACUGUGGGUUUUUUUGAACAGUUUGUGUUCAAUUUUUAUAUGGCAAAAUGUGAACAGAAUGAUCUAAUUUUUUAAUUUGAGUUAAAAUAAAAUAUUUUAAAACCGCUGUAUAUAAGCCCACUAAGGAGAGAUCCUGUGAUGGGUUUUUUGGUGGGUUUUUGUUUGUGUUUUUUGUUUAUUUGUGGGGGGUUUGGGGUUAGUUUUUUUUUUUUCUGUUUCUAUUCUUGUAUGGUUAUCAGUGUGUAGACUUUAGUUUCCUUACAAACCAAGUAGAAAUAAAGUAAUCUUCAUGGUAGCCUUAAACCAGAAUUUUAUAGGGUAAUUAGGAUGCCUGACUUCUAGUAAUAGAUGUCAUCUUAUUUUCAAUGGACCAAUGGUUUUUUUUUAAGUGAAACUACAAAAUGUGAAUUAUAUGUGUAGUCAAAAAUAAGCAUAUUUUUAAACAGUUGAAACUGUUUUAUAAAAUUUUCUGGAGACCAUGUUUUAUGCAGACAUGGGAUGCAGCACUCAAUUUCAAAGUGCAGCCUUUCAAAGCCAAAAGCCAGGUGAAGGCAAGCUGGCUCAUCUCUAAUCAUUGCCAGUCUGAACCCUAUACAAUGAAAGACUUCAUGGGCAGUUUCUCUUGGAAACAUUCACAUCUGGAACAAAUUACAUGAAAUACAAAUAGAGUAAAACUGGAGAAAAAUGAAGACAGCUUGUACAAUUGUGAUCCAGCGUUUUGGUUCAUCUAAAAUGGAAACCAAUGUCAAUGAGUUUUGAACUGCCAAAGUUAAUCAUACAUUAUACACUAGGUUCAAACUCUAGAACUGAUUUAUUGGGAAUUAUAUAUUGGCUGUAAUCCUUCAAAGUACUUCCUGUCACUUAAAAGUACUUUAUCAUUAAUGAAGUCCCUGAAGUGUAAAGCUCUCUAGGGUAUUGUCCUUCUAAAGUUCUACAUGAAGCAUCACCCCAAUAUCACAAUGAAGGGAGUAUUAUCCUUUCCCUUGAUGUAAGGCUUGAAAAAAAUAUUGUCAUGAUGAGUACCCACCAAAAAAAUAUUAAUUUUGUUGACUAUGAUAUUAAACAGUCUUAUCAGCAUAGGGAUGAGCCAUAUAAAAAUGUGUUACUAAUUCUUAUUGUAUGGUGGCUUAUUGCAGUGUGCAUAGCAGCAAGUUUGAGAAAUACUAAAAUUCUGGUAGUGUAAGAUUCCUAUCUUGAUAUCCCUGUAUUUAAAAGAAAAAGCACAGCUUUUUCAUAUCCUGUUUCCAAUUAAUGCCUGUAAAGGAAUUGAUCUUCCUAUUCCAAAGUAAAACUGAAGUCCUUAUGGGUUCAAAACACUUGUCUCUUCCCUUCUGGGUAACAACUACAAAAAUCUUAUCAGAUCUGAAUGUCUUCCAGGAAGUGGACAUAUGCACACACCAGCCAGCUAAAUUCAGCAGCCAAACCCCAGCAGUUUCCUGGGAAGCAGCAUAAUGAACAAGGUCUGUUGUGCUCUGAAUUUUAUCUCACCUAAGAGGUUCAGGAUCACUAGAAGUUUUUAGAAUUAUUAUUUCAGAUGAAAUACUAAGGAGACAUUUGCUGGAAAGUUAUAUAAGCUAUGUAUAGCAAAAAAAGAUACUGCUUUAUAAAAAAGUUUUCAUUGAUUUUAAAAAGAGGAAACUGGUUUCAUUUUCUGUUAUUUGUUUGUAAAAACAAAUACGCAGGUCAUGAUGAUAAUUAUUGCUACAUAAAUCAGACCCCUGUUUAAAAUACAGAAACUUAGUAUGAAAAAUCUUCCAGCUUUGCUAGAGCUGUAACAGCUUCCAGUAGCUGAAAACCUGCCCCAGCCCACAGGGAGGAACAACAAAACAUGGGUUUACUUGUAAAAAGGCACAACACAAAUCAGGGAGUGUGUCUCAGACAACAGACAGGUUAAGCAUCAAGCUGCACAGUGAGCAUCCAAGAUUGACAAUCUGCCUGACAACAAAUGUUAAGAGCCACAGAGGAAUGUAAAUCUAUGGACAAAUUAAUAAAAUACGAAUUUUCGCAACUA